CCCACCUCCAUAUUCCUCCAUCCCUCACUCUCCUUCGGUCACUCAUCUUCACUGCAAAUCCUCCUACAACUACAACCCCGCGCAUGUUUGACAAUACGCCCCUAGCGACCUUUGAGAACUGGAGACCGUCGGAGGGGUGUGGAAUCGCGACGUCUAUGUGAAAACUGGGUGACCCUGUGGACUGCGCCGAUCGGUCACCCUUCGCCUCAUCCUUUUACGGUGGAAGCGCCAAAGGUUUCUCUUUGAUGUGAGACUGUCCAGGAGUCAGACACUAUAGAGAUUGGUUUUUCAAGAUGGAGGCGUUCAGCAACAUGGGGAACCACUUGGUUUCCAACUCCGCAGCCGCUAUCAACGCCAUCGACGACAUCUCGACCGUUGACCCGGAUGAGAGCGUCCUCAGCCUGGCCAAGGGUCCCAGAAGACGUCAACAUGAUGAUGAUGAGUCAGAGAGCAUAGAGGAAGACGACCUUGAGAGCCUCGCUUCCGCUGCUGUCGAUGCGAAUGGCAAGAAACAUGUUCAAAAGGCUGAAGAAGAGAAGGAACUGCCGCCCCACGCCUGCGCCUACUGUGGCAUCCACAAUCCAAGUAGCGUCGUGCGCUGUUUAACAUGCUCCAAAUGGUUUUGCGCCGCUCGCGGAAAUACCUCCUCCUCUCACAUUGUCAACCACCUAGUUCGAGCCCGCCAUAAGGAAGUCCAGCUUCAUCCAAGCAGCUCUUUGGGCGACACUGUCCUUGAGUGUUACAAUUGCGGAACAAAAAAUGUCUUCUUGCUUGGCUUUAUCCCGGCAAAAUCAGACACCGUCGUCGUACUGCUCUGUCGGCAACCUUGUGCGGCGAUGCCCUCCUCCAAAGACAUGAACUGGGACACUUCGAGAUGGCAGCCCCUGAUUGAAGAUCGCUCAUUUCUCUCUUGGCUUGUCGCACAACCCACCGACCAAGAACAACUCCGUGCCAGGCAUCUGAGUCCUCAAAUGAUUGCAAAGCUGGAGGAACUUUGGAAAGAGAAUGCCAACGCCACCAUCACCGACCUCGAGAAAGCGGCGAAUAUCGAUGACGAGCCUGCUCCAGUACUUCUGCGCUACGAUGACGCCUACCAAUAUCAGAAUGUCUUCGGCCCAUUGGUCAAGAUUGAGGCUGACUAUGAUCGCAAGUUAAAAGAGAGUCAAUCGCAGGACAAUUUGGUUGUGCGCUGGGAUCUCGGCCUCAACAACAAGCACUUGGCUAGUUUUGUGUUGCCCAAACUUGAAUUAGGCGAUGUCAAACUGGCUGUGGGAGAUGAAAUGCGGCUCAAAUAUACCGGAGAUUUGCGACCAGCCUGGGAAGGCGUGGGCUAUGUUAUCAAGAUCCCUAACAACCAGUCGGAUGAAGUCACGAUCGAAUUACGAGCAAAGGGCGACCAUAAAUCCGUGCCUACUGAAUGUACUCACAAUUUCACAGCAGACUAUGUUUGGAAGGCCACAUCCUUCGAUCGGAUGCAGCUCGCCAUGAAAACUUUCGCUAUCGACGAGAUGAGUGUGUCUGGCUACAUUUUCCACCGCCUUCUCGGCCAUGAAGUUGCCGCAGCUCCCAUGAAGACCCAACUGCCCAAAAAGUUCAGCGUCCCUGGUCUGCCUGAGCUCAACGGCAGCCAAAUCAAUGCCGUCAAGUCUGUCUUGCAGAAGCCUCUGAGCUUGAUCCAAGGCCCUCCCGGCACUGGGAAAACUGUGACUUCUGCCACCAUUAUUUACCAUUUAUCCAAGAUCAAUGGCGGCCAAGUCUUGGUUUGUGCGCCUUCUAACGUCGCUGUUGAUCAACUCUGCGAACGCAUACACCGCACAGGGCUGAAGACUGUUCGAGUGACUGCGAAAUCCCGAGAAGAUGUGGAGUCGUCCGUCGGGUUCCUCUCUUUGCAUGAACAAGUUCGAAUGAACGACAGCAAUGUGGAAUUGGUGAAGCUGAACCAACUCAAAUCCGAACUAGGCGAAUUGUCAAGCCAAGACGAGAAAAAGUACAAGUCCUUAACCCGGGCAGCGGAGCGGGAGAUCCUUCAGAAUGCCGAUGUCAUUUGCUGUACUUGUGUCGGUGCUGGGGAUCCAAGACUUGCUAAGUUCAAGUUCCGCACCGUCCUGAUUGAUGAGUCGACUCAGUCAGCAGAGCCGGAAUGCAUGAUUCCUUUGGUUCUUGGCUGCAAGCAAGUCGUCCUUGUAGGUGACCAUCAGCAACUGGGACCUGUCAUCAUGAACAAGAAAGCUGCAAAGGCCGGUCUCAAUCAAUCCCUGUUUGAGCGUCUCGUCGUCCUUGGCUGUGCGCCAAUUCGCCUGAAUGUUCAGUAUCGCAUGCAUCCCUGCCUGUCGGAGUUCCCAUCGAACAUGUUCUACGAAGGAUCUCUGCAGAAUGGCGUUACCAUGCAGUACCGUCUCCGGAAAGAUGUGGAUUUCCCCUGGCCAGUUCAAGACGCACCAAUGAUGUUCUGGUCGAACCUCGGGAAUGAAGAGAUCUCCGCGUCAGGCACCUCAUAUCUCAAUCGCACGGAAGCGGCCAACGUGGAAAAGAUCGUCACGCGAUUCUUUAAAGCAGGCGUCAAGCCUUCGGACAUUGGUGUCAUUACCCCAUAUGAAGGCCAACGCAGCUACAUUGUCAGUUCCAUGCAAGCUACCGGGACCUUUAAAAAGGAAAUGUACAAGGAAAUUGAGGUUGCUUCAGUCGACGCUUUCCAAGGCCGAGAGAAGGACUUUAUCAUCCUAUCUUGUGUUCGGUCGAACGAUCACCAGGGCAUUGGUUUUUUGAGCGAUCCCCGUCGUUUGAAUGUGGCCAUGACUCGAGCCAAGUACGGUUUUGUCAUCCUCGGCAACCCCAAAGUCCUCUCAAAACACCCACUUUGGCAUUACCUCUUGCUGCACUUCAAGGAACGCAACUGUCUGGUGGAGGGCCCUCUGAACAACCUUCAGGUAUCUCUGCACCAAUUCAGCCGACCCAAACAGUCCUACCGGGGCCCACAGCGCUAUCAAAUGGCAUAUAAUCAUGCUAGUCAUAUGGCAAGCGGUAUGAUGAAUGGGAGGGCUGCUCCGCGCAACGAUUACCGUGAGCCAGCAGGCUCCGUUGUCGGCUACAUACCGGACGACGUCUCUUCCAUCCAUUCAUCUGCCAUGGGCGGAGUAGGUGUUCCCGCGGGCUAUCCACCAAUGUUCCAAGGGUUUACGCCCGACGCGUGGCCCUCCCUCCAAAAUACUCAGGCUCGUCGCCAGAAUGGAGUCAAAGCGAGAGCCGUUCCGAGUAGUGUGGCGGGAGAAUCUACGGUGGCGACUGAGUCCGACAUCACAGGCAGCGUUCUUGGGCAAGGCGGAGUCAGCCUGGAUCAAUUGUCCAUUCAUGACACCAACAAACAGCCGAGUUACAACCAGGCGGAUCGACUCAAGAGAUAUGUCGAAGGCGGGGUGACUGCAUCUGGCGGUUAUGUGUCGAACCACAAGCUCGGCAAGCUUGCGCACGAAGAUGAGGACGCCAGGAGUGUUUCGACUGCAUUUGCCAGUCAAGUUGGUGGAAGUUACGACUGAUAUCAUUGCGACAGGGCGACAACAUUCCAAAAAUAGGGAAGAACGAGCUCAUCUGAGCAUCUCUUACGAUGUGUAGUCAUCAUUAGCACCAGGCGCCGCCUCCGAUCGGUUGCCGGUCACUGACUUGACGAAUCAUUUGUAUCCCACACCACGAGGGGGUAUGCUCCACCGUCUCCCGUCGAGGUUCGCCAGCAGCAGCGACAGACAGCGACAGCGACGAUGCGGCGCUUGUGAGCCUGGAGGGACUGCACGGUCGCUUGAGACGCGUCCGCGAACUUGCCAACUGCGGGAAGAUGCAAUUGGAGAGGAGACUGGGCGACGAAGGGGCGAGGCAUCGGAGCAGGAUGUAUCGUUUUUGGAUGGCACCCUCUACUUGAUGGAAGGCUGCACGUCUACCACCAUUUCACCGUCUUAUCUUCGGAAGCGGCAUGCUUGGGCGACGACGAUAGCAGCAGUCUCUCGGGUCAGGCCACAAGCAAGACUAGGAGAGGUGCAAGGGAGCCAAUGCAAAGAGAGGAUGAGGGGGAGAGAGAUGGGAAAGAUGGCGACCAGCAGACUGAGAAUGAGAUUGUUUGUGCUUUGCUUCUUUUAUCGGAUACAUUGUGUGUCAUAGGUUGAUCGCCCUCGGUCACUCAUUCAUCAACCGACACAAGAUAGUCAGUCGCUCUCUUAGUAGAUAUCCAAUCAAAACCCGACGCUUUCAGUCGCUUAUAUUAGUGUCUGAUCGUUACCUUGAGA